ACUGUGGGACAAACAUAAGAGCUGGAAAAGAGUUAUGAAUAGAUCAGUUGGCAGAGGAGGCUGGUAGAAUUAGCGGCGUUAGAAGCGGAGGACAUCCAAAAUGGCGGUCGGGGGCAUGGCCGUCGACGCACCAGCUGGCUUCGAUGGCAAAAUAACGCUCUCCGUCGUCAUUACUUGCAUCGUUGCUGCCUCCAGCGGACUGAUCUUCGGAUAUGACAUCGGAAUUUCAGGAGGAGUGACUAAAAUGCCGCCGUUUCUGGAGAAAUUCUUCCCGAAGAUACUGAGGAAGAUCGCGAGUGCAGACAUAAAUAUAUACUGUGUGUACGACAGUCAGGUGCUAACACUAUUCACGUCUUCGCUCUACCUGGCUGGAUUAGCGUCUUCACUUUUAGCCAGUCGAGUCACGGCUGCCUUUGGGCGGAGGAACACCAUGAUCUUAGGCGGCUUCACCUUCCUUGUUGGCGGCGCCCUUAAUGCAGCUUCUGAAAAUAUUGCCAUGCUCAUCUUGGGUCGCAUCUUCCUGGGUAUUGGGGUUGGCUUCACUAAUCAGGCGACUCCGGUAUACUUAUCGGAGGUGGCUCCGGCGAAGUGGCGGGGGGCAUUUAACGCUGGGUUCCAAUUCUUCUUGAGUCUGGGGGUGGUUGCGGCCGGCUGCAUUAAUUUCGGGACGUCCAAACACACUUGGGGCUGGCGACUUUCCCUCGGGCUGGCCAUAGUGCCAGCAGCCGUCAUGGCCCUCGGCGCCUUCCUCAUAUCAGACUCUCCCAGCAGCUUAGUUGAACGAAACAAGAUCGACCAAGCCAGAAAAGCCCUGCUCAGAGUGAGAGGCUCCGACACAGAUGUGGAACCAGAGUUGCAGGAACUCGUCAAAUGGUCCGAAGCUUCAAAAGCGAACAAGCAAGAGCCCUUUGUAACCAUUUUUCGGAGGCAGUAUCGGCCUCACUUAGUGAUGGCCAUUGCCAUCCCCUUUUUCCAGCAGCUCACCGGCAUCAACAUCGUCGCUUUCUAUUCGCCUAACCUCUUCCAGUCUGUGGGUUUUGGAAACGACGCCUCUUUACUUUCUGCCAUCAUACUGGGAGUCGUUAACCUUGGCUCUGUCCUCGUCUCCUCCACCAUCGUCGAUCGCUUUGGUCGAAGAGUCCUGUUCAUUGCAGGGGGGAUUCAGAUGUUUGUCUUUCAGAUCGCGGUGGCAAUUGUGCUAGCAAAGACGACUGGUACUCACGGGGCAGAGGAAUUGUCGAAGGGGAGCGCAAUAUUGGUGCUGGUGUUUAUGUGCCUGUACGCUAUUGGUUUUGGUUGGUCCUGGGGGCCGUUGACAUGGCUCAUUCCCAGUGAAAUAUUCCCCAUACAGAUAAGGACGACUGGGCAGAGCACGAGCAUUGCCAUCAACUUCUUGACCAUAUUCAUUUUGUCACAGACCUUCUUGACCAUGCUGUGCCACUUCAAGUUCGGAGUCUUCUUAUUCUACGGGGGCUGGAUCUUUGUAAUGACCAUCUUUAUUAUAUUUUUCUUGCCCGAGACCAAAGGAAUCCCUUUGGAUUCUAUGUAUACAGUAUGGGAGAAGCACUGGUACUGGCGCCGCUUUGUUCCCAUAUCAGAAGUUAAACCAUCAGCAUAAAGGUCGUCAUCAUCUGUUUAUACACAACACGUUAGGUCUUGUGUUUUAAUGUCAUGUUAGGAUUAGAUAUCUCUCUUCCUGUUUUGUGGCCAGGAUAUUUAUUUGUGUAGAAGUUUCUUCCGCAAUAAACGUUGAGAUUGAUAUGCUAAAGAAUAUAGUUAUCUGUUUGGCAGCCGGAAUCAAUUAGAAGUUGGUUUGUUGCCCCGAGAAAA